AUGGGCUCCCCCGGCGCCGAGAGCUCGGGGAAGAGCCUGCAGUACCGAGUGGACCACCUGCUGAGCGCCGUGGAGAGCGAGCUGCAGGCGGGCAGCGAGAAGGGCGACCCCACCGAGCGCGAGCUGCGUGUGGGCCUGGAGGAGAGUGACCUGUGGCUGCGCUUCAAGGAACUCACCAACGAGAUGAUCGUCACCAAGAACGGCAGGAGGAUGUUCCCCGUGUUGAAGGUGAACGUGUCCGGCCUGGACCCCAACGCCAUGUACUCCUUCCUCCUGGACUUCGUGGCGGCGGACAACCACCGCUGGAAGUACGUGAACGGCGAAUGGGUGCCGGGGGGCAAGCCUGAGCCGCAGGCGCCCAGCUGCGUCUACAUCCACCCCGACUCCCCCAACUUCGGGGCGCACUGGAUGAAGGCGCCGGUGUCCUUCAGCAAAGUCAAACUCACCAACAAGCUGAACGGCGGCGGCCAGAUCAUGCUCAACUCCUUGCAUAAGUACGAGCCUCGGAUUCACAUCGUGAGAGUUGGGGGUCCCCAGCGCAUGAUCACCAGCCAUUGCUUUCCUGAGACCCAGUUCAUAGCUGUGACGGCCUAUCAGAAUGAGGAGAUCACAGCUCUUAAAAUUAAAUACAAUCCAUUUGCAAAAGCUUUCCUUGAUGCAAAGGAAAGAAGCGAUCACAAAGAUGUGCUGGAAGAACCCGGAGACAGCCAGCAGCCUGGGUAUUCUCAAUGGGGGUGGCUUCUCCCCGGAACCAGCACCCUCUGUCCACCCGCCAGCCCCCACCCCCAGUUUGGAGGUCCUCUCUCACUCCCCUCCACCCACGGCUGUGAACGGUACCCCGCCCUGAGGAGCCACCGCGCGACCCCCUACCCCAGCCCGUACACGCACCGCAACAAUUCGCCAACGUACUCUGACAACUCAUCUGCGUGCUUGUCGAUGCUGCAGACCCACGACAACUGGUCCAGCCUCGGGAUGCCUGCCCAUACCAGCAUGCUCCCCAUGGGCCACAACUCCAGUCCCUCCACUGCUUCUAGCCAGUACCCCAACCUGUGGUCUGUGAGCAACGGCGCCAUCACUCCGGGCUCCCAGACGCCAGCAGUGGCCAAUGGGUUGGGGACCCAGUUCUUCCGGGGCUCCCCCGCACACUACACGCCCCUCACCCACACCGCCUCGGCGUCCUCAGGGUCCCCGCUUUACGAAGGGGGGGCCACAGCCACAGACAUUCCUGACAGCCAGUACGAUGCUGCGGCCCAAGCUCGCCUGGUGGCCUCCUGGACGCCAGUGUCCCCACCCUCCAUGUGA